UAUUUAUAGUCAAGUUAAUAUGUACUAUAUAUUUUUUAGGUUACACUACAGUGUCAUAAAACUGAAAUGGGUGACGAAAAACCACAGAUAGAGUGUUAUAUACACAGCGUAUCUCCAAUUAGGAAGAGUGGACGAACCUCCUACUUCAAUUACGUUCUACAAACAGAAGACUCAAUUAAGAAGGGAGUCUCUUUUAACCUUGAAAGAAGAGAAGCAAUGGAAACUCUAUCUAAGCAAAAGUCCCCGGUGAAGAUUGACAAGUACCAGACAAGUGAUAAAUAUGGUAGAGAAGAUGUACUGGUCAACAAAGAUACCACCAUUACACCAACAAUGGUCAAUUUUGCUUACCAAGAUCAGGAAGAAGUGAUUUCUAUUGCCUCCUUAAACCAUGUAGCAUCUGAACAACUGAUCACCAUCAAAGGAUAUCUGGCACACUUGGGUUGCACUAAAAAAAUCUCUAUCAAUGGGUCUGAGGUAAAGAAACAAGAAGGGUAUAUUGCAGAUCCUUCUGGAUUUAUCAAAGUCAUCUUCUGGGGUGGACAUGCAGACAACCAGCAGGAAGGCUGCACUUAUGUAUUCAAAAAGAUAAGAAUUCGAACAAGUCAAGGACAAAUCUAUCUUAAUACUCCUAAGCAAGAAGAAGAAUGUUCUAUUGAGCCAACUGAUCCAUUUAGAGAUCCAACCUGCCAAGUAGAUGAUCCAUCAGUUAACAAUGACCUUAUAGGUUCUAUUAUUGGCGUCCUGUCUAGCACCAGAAACCUUGCUUGUGGUCAUUGCUCCAGAAAAGUAAAUAUCAAAGGAAACCUUGCCCUUUGUGCAACAUGUAAAAUGACCCAGAAGAAAGAUGCAUGUGACGUGACAUGGUACUUUAAACUAUUCGUUCAAAGCAAGCAAGAUGGAAAAAAAGUCCACCUUCAUGUAUUCAACCAAUCAGUUGUGCAAAAAAUCUUUCACAUGAAAGAUUUGACUGAUGAUUCUUCUGAGGAUGACAUCUUGUGUGCUUUGUUGGAGUUGUCAGAAGUUAAGAUUACCUAUGACAGCCAAACCCAUAAUAUAAUUGACAUUGAACUUAUUGAUAUCUAAGCUAUACUCAAGAUAAAAUCAGUUUACAGUCAAGAAUAUGUUUGAAAAAAUUUUUAUACAAAUUAUCACUUUUUUCCUUAAGAAAAAUAUAUAGUCUAUCAUUUAUACAUUUAUCUAGUUUCUUGUUAUGUUCACAUUUUUAUGGUGAUAGCUUAGACGUUUUAUACCAAGUUGAUAUUUUUUUAUUGGAGUGACAUCAUGUAAAAUUAUACAAAUCACAAAAGAAAUUACAUUAAUAUAAAGUUGUUGGGUUUUUGCAUCCUUAAGAACCCAGGUAUAAUCUUCUGUUGUUCGUUCCUCACUCACGAACGACAGAAGAUUACCCCUGAGUUCCCAAGGAUGUUUUUUUUUUAUUUUGAACAUGGCAUCCUUUUUUGAAUAAACAUCAUGCCAGUUUUUAUCAUGACAAAUGUUUUGCAACAAUGAAAUAUCUUAAAAACAGUAUGUUUGUUUUUUAAUAGAUACAUUAUCUAGCCCUUUUCUCUAGAUUAUUGUUACAGGUUAAAAAUAUAUUGUUUGUUUUAAAGCUUUAAUACCAAAUAAAUAAAUUGUUUAGAAAAAAUGUUUUUGUUAAU